GAGCAAGUGUCGUUCUGUCAAAGUGGGAAGAAGACUAAAGCCUUAGCAUGCGGAGUGUGCCGGUCACGAGCCUCUUUCUGCACGCGCAGCGCCUUUGCCUGGCCCUCGUGGUCCUCCAGCUCCUGGGUCAGGUGUCUGCGAGUCAGCGCUGUCCUUCCCCGUGCCCCCGCCAGUGCCCUGAGAUGCCACCGACCUGUGCGCCCGGCGUGCGCGCCGUGCUGGACGGCUGCGCCUGCUGCCUGGUUUGCGCCCGCCAGCGUGGGGAGACCUGCUCCGAGCUGCAGCCUUGUGACCAGAGCAGCGGCCUCUACUGCGACCGCAGCGCGGACCCCAGCAACCAGACCGGCAUGUGCAUGGUGCUCGAAGGAGACAAUUGUGUCUUUGAUGGGGUCAUUUAUCGUAGCGGAGAGAAGUUUGAACCAAAUUGUCAAUACCACUGCACCUGCAGAGAUGGGCAGAUUGGCUGUGUGCCUCGCUGUCAGCUGGAUGUGCUACUGCCGGGUCCCGACUGCCCAGCUCCAAGGAAAGUUGCAGUGCCUGGAGAAUGCUGUGAAAAGUGGGCCUGUGGCCCAAAUGAAAAGGGCACUUUAGGAGGCCUUGCUCUUCCAGCCUACAGGCCAGAAGCCACCGUAGGAGUUGAAGUCUCUGACUCCAGUAUCAACUGCAUAGAGCAGACCACGGAAUGGAGUGCGUGUUCCAAGAGUUGUGGAAUGGGCGUUUCCACCCGGGUCACCAACAGGAACCGUCAGUGUGAGAUGGUGAAGCAGACUCGGCUUUGCAUGGUGCGACCCUGUGAACAAGAGCCAGAGCAACCAACAGAUAAGAAAGGAAAAAAGUGUCUCCGCACCAAGAAGUCCCUCAAGGCCAUCCACCUGCAGUUCAAGAACUGUACCAGCCUGCACACCUACAAGCCCAGGUUCUGUGGGAUCUGCAGUGAUGGCCGGUGCUGCACCCCCCACAACACCAAAACCAUCCAGGUGGAGUUCCAUUGCUCCCCAGGGCAAAACAUCAAGAAGCCAGUGAUGGUCAUUGGGACUUGCACUUGUCACAGCAACUGUCCCCAGAACAACGAGGCCUUCCUGCAGGAUCUGGAGCUGAAGACCAGCACAGGGGAAAUAUAACAGGCCUCUCAAGGAGCACUACCACCAAAUGAGUAUAAGGAAAAUCAAUGAAGAAGCAGUAUUGCAUCCUGAGUCCUCUGUAUAUUUUCCAUGAUGAUAGGAGGUCAUUUAUAUUUGCCUUUCUUUUUGACUGACAGAUAUUCCAGCUGUAAAUGUGGAAUCAAGGUAAGCUCAGGAUAUGGCUUAGAGAUGAUUUACAUUCCUGUGAUGUUUACUACAAAUGAAAAUAUCUAUGAAUUUGAAGUUCGGAUAGAUGAUUCACUUUGUAAAUUGUAGCACAUGACACAGCUUAAUUUUGUCAUGCACUAGUGCAUGAAAAGUGACACUGUAUUGAAUGAUGCAAUGAAAUUUAGGAUCAUACCAGGCAUGCUAUUUUGCAAAUAUUUCACCAUAUAUUGAGAUUUUUAUUUGAGGGUUUUUUUUAUUGGGCUCCAUUUGGGGAUAGGAUAAACUCUUUACUUCCAAACACAAGAUUAACAUAAACAUGGAUCACUUCAACAUGAAGUCCAGAAGCUAUUAAUUUUUGGUUUAGUUGUAUAGUGAGAAGGCAUUCUUUACCUACAUAAAUGAAAUGUUUCUUAAUGAAGCAUACUAGUAUCACGAACUUGCCCCAUUGCAGAAAAAUUGACUCCUUUCCAAUAGAAAGAAGCUGAACAGACAUGACAGAGUCUCAGAGUACUCAGACAUUUGUAUGCUGAAUGCUAAUGAGGCACACUAGUUUUAUAAUUCAACAGAAAUUGAGAUCAGUAAG